GCAGCCAAUCGGCGGAGGGGGCGGGAGCCUCGAGGAGGCGGAAACCAAUCGGCGGCCGGUCCGGCUCUGAGGUAGCGACCUAUCAGUGCAGGGGGCGGGCCGUACGAGGAGCCAAUAACCGAGCGGAAGCGGGCCUUCUCUUGGGCCAAUAAGGGGCUGGCCCCGCCCUGAGGCGGUGGCAAUCGGAGGUGGGGACCGGCGCCUCGCGGACUAACCAACCAAUCGGCGGAGGGGGCGGGCCGCACGAGGAGGCAGUAACCAAUCGGACGGCGAGUCAGCCCUGAAGCGGCGGCCAAUGUGAGUCGAGGCCGUCGGGCGGCGGGAAAUGGCAGAGGCGGCUGAGGCGGCUGAGGCGGCUGAGGGCAGUGGCGGCGGUGGCGGCGAUGGCGGCGGUCCGGGUCGCGCGGCGCUGUUGGCGGCCGUGGUGGACGCGUUCCUGGAGAAGCUGCUGGCGGCGGGGAGUUACGAACGCUUCGCUCACUGCUACCGCCGCUUCUACCGAGCGCAGCCCCACGUGACCCGCAGCAUCCACGAGCAGCUCCUGGCGCAGCUCCGAACCGCCGUUACGGAGGAGAUCCAGGAGGUGAAGAAGGAGGGGAACCUGGAGGAAUUGUUCCGGGCGCUGGAUGCCAUCGUGGAGGAAUCGAGGGGCAGCGAGGAGCCGGCCUGGCGGCCCAGCGGCAUCCCGGAGGCGGACGCCCGCAGCGCCUUGGUGCCGUUCCUGCUGAAGCAGCGCUGCUUCCUGAGCCGGGAGCUGAGCCGCGGCCGGGAGGAGAACCGUGCAGCUGCGGCGGCAGUGCUGGAGGGCAGGGAGCGGAUUGCGGCGCUGCGGCGCGACAUCGCGGAGCGCAGGGCGGCGUGGCAGGACCCUCAACCAUUCUGCACAGUUGGGCUGAGAUGGUCCUGGAAGGACGUGGAAUCGUGGAGUCACAGCACGAUUGGAUGGGGAGGGUGGUGGAAGGCCACUGUAUUGUGGAAAGGUUGCAUUGGGAAGGUUCUGGAAGGCCCAAAAACAUGGAAUCACAGAAUGGUUGGGUCAGGAGGGUCCUGGAAGACCACAGAAGCACGGAAUUGCAGCACAGUUGGGUUAGGAGGCCACAAAAUCAUGCUGUGGUGGAAUGGUUGCCUUGGGAGGGGGUUGGAGGGCACAGAACCCUAGGAGGGCAGGGGUGGGAGGGUCCUGGAAGGGCACAGAGCCACGGCAGCAGGGCAGGCUCAGGCUGGAAGGAUGCUCUGCGCUGCCCUGCAGCCCUGUCCUUC